UCUUCCUCCUCCUCCUCCUCUUCCUCCUCGUCCUCCUCCGCCUCCUCCUCCUCCUCCUCCUCCUCCUCCCUCCUCCUCUCGCGCCGGCGGUUGUGCGCUCCCAGCGGCGGCGCAAGUGUCGCUUCCGCGCGCCUGACGCGCUUGCGGCGGUGCGACAGCGCGGCGGCAGAGGUGGUCUGCGCUGCCGGCCGCCAGGGCCGGGAUGACCUCGCCGUUGCUGAACGGGCCGGAUGCGGGCGGGCCGAACGACCCCCGGGUUGCCUUCGACUCGCUGCGGCAGAACCUGACGCUGGUGAAGGACGAGCUGUCCCCGUACGCCUGGCGCGCGUACGCCAACGAGUUCCGCGACAGGCAGCGUGCGGACCAGAAGCUCCUGGCCCUGAACAGGCUGCCAGGGAGCGGUGUGGAGCCGAAGGACGGCAUGCUGGAGGGCACUCCGCUGUGGCAGGAGCGACUCGACAAGCUGAUGUUCAUCGAGCACAUCAAGAAGAAACUCAUGUACGCCCACGGCCUUUUCAACGACGCGUCGGAGUUCAUGCUCAAGUCCCAUGGGUGGCUCGUGAAGGACGACCUGCUAGGCGACACCUUCGUGAAGUUCAUUACGAGCGUGCCGCCAUCCGCCCAUGAGCGGGUGGACGUCCUUCAGGCCAAAUUGGAGAAGGCCAGGGAAAAGCAGCAGAGGCUGGAGGAACAGAUCGAGGACAUUCACAUCUCCGCCAAGCGCCACCGCGUGCAGUUCCUGGAGAGGAUAACCGAGCACCAGAAACGCCAGAACGUCCGUCGCCUCUGCGACGACAUCCUGGUCUCAUGGUCGUACCGCGCCGAGCGCGGCCGGGACCUGGAGCUGGACUCGGCCAAGAGGGUCCUCGAGGCCAGGGUCUUUGCGCUCGAGUGCACCAACGCCACGCGCGCGGACGAGCACGAAGAGUGCCUACGCCAGUGGACAAUGGACAUGGAGACCCUCACCAGGGACAGGGACAAAUUCAAGAAGCUGUACGAGAAGAUGGUGAAGGCGCACGAGCAGGCCAUGGAGGACCUGAAGAAUAGCUCCGACACGGCGGAGGGCAGGGCUAAGAUGAUCCAGGUGCUGUCGGUUGAGAAGCAGAGGCUGACGGACCAGGUGGAGGACCUGGAGGCGCAGAAAAAAAAGCUGAUGCAACAGCUUUCCGAGUCCCGCGUGGAGGUGGCGCGGCAGAACAAGGAGAUCAAGAGGCACAUGCUGCAGUUCCGUGAGACCGAGGAGCUGCUGCUGGAGGUUCGCCUGGAGGUGGCGAGGCUGGAGGGCACGCACCGAGAGUGCCAGGAGCGGCUCGACGCCUGCGCAGCGGUGGAGGCGGCUCUGCGGGACGACCUGGUGGUUGCCAGAGGCGAGGUCGUAUGCCUCCUGGAGGAAUCCUCGGAGAUGCAAUCGGAGUUCGCGGCGGAGCGUUGGGUCAGGCGCGGCGUGGAGGCGGAACGCGACAAGGCGCUUGCCUUCGCGCGAGGCCUGGAGGCGGACAUCGUCGCCAACAACAAAGACUUCGAGCGGCAGAUGCAGGAUCUGAAGGAGCGCGCUGCCCGCGAGCUGCGGGAGACGAUCGAGGACCUUCUCGCGAAGCACGCCGAUUCCACUGCAAAGCUGGAGGCGAGGAACAGGAUGCUGGAGAGGGAGGUGACCAUCGGCGACGACAUCGGGCCGAUGCUACCCACGCUCAACCCGCUGUCGGUCGACGACUCCACCGUGUGCAAAGUGUGCCGGAAGGCGUUCGUGUUUGAGGGCCCUCGCGAGGGGCCUGGGGGCCAGGUGG